AGCUGCCAUCUAGUAGCGGAUGUGGAAGUAGAAGUCGAGGGAGCUGACUAGAAGAAGGUUUUUGCAGAAUUAAAGAAAAAAUGGCUUCACCAUUGAUGAUGGAUAUCGAGAUGAUGAAUAGAUACGUGAGUCCGGUCAAUCCGGCCGUGUAUCCGCAUCUGACCUUGGUCCUGCUUGGCAUAGGAAUAUUUUUUAUGGCAUGGUUCUUCGUUUAUGAAGUUACAUCAACAAAAUUCACCAGAGAUCUCUUUAAGGAACUGCUAAUUUCUCUGGUGGCUGCUGUUUUUCUGGGAUUCGGUAUAUUGUUUCUUUUACUAUGGGUCGGAAUCUAUGUAUAGUAGGAGAUGUUAGUGUCACGCAACUUUCCAUCGAUGCAGAGGACCAUUUAGAUUCUCAUUGAGUAAUGUUUUUUAUACCGUAAUUGUGUAACAAGCAAGUUGUACAAAUAUAUAAUGUAAAAAUUCU